UAUUCAAAAGUGUAUUGCUUGCUAUCAGUUCGUCCUUUUGAGUUGUCUCGCUAAUAGUGCGAGUGAAUGAAUUAAACCUAGUCAUCGUUCGCACAGCGCGCAACAGACAGACAGUCACGGUGGGUCGACGUUCAGCAGUAAGACGCGUUACGUUGCGAAAAGUGGUCGCGAUGGUGCUCGUACUCGCCGCUCUCGGGGCCGCUUGUGCCGCCGUAUUUUUCUCCCAAGGAUUCCUUUGUAUGCUGGUGUCUAUUAUAAUACUUGGUGUUGUUUACCUUCUCGCAUUCCAUAACCGAUGGUGUUACGUCGCAAUCAAAACUACUCCAAGAGAUCUGAGAGCUCUAUUAUCAUACAUAAAGAUUUUAUGGAUAACAAGGAAGUUUAGUAGCAAAGACUUGACCCUGCCAGAUAUAUUUCACGAUGUUGUCAAUAGACAUCCGGAUAAACCAUGUUUCUUGUUCCAAGAUGAAGUUUGGACUUUCAAAGAGGUAGAAGACUACAGUUUACGGGUUACAGCCGUACUGAAAGCACAAGGAAUAAAGAAAGGAAGCAUUGUAGGGCUAUUGGUGAACAACUGCCCCCAGCAGCCAGCAUUAUGGAUGGGGAUAGCUCGACUGGGAGCCAUCACACCGCUUAUAAACACCAACCAAAGAGGGAACGCGCUAAUACAUUCAGUGAAUGUCGCCAAAUGUGAUGCGUUGAUAUUCUCCGACGAAUACCAAUCUGCUAUCCAAGAUGUAGCAAAAGACUUCAGUCCAUCUUUGAAGCUAUUUAGAUUCUCCCAACGACCUUUGAAGACUUCCAAUUCGAAGUUCGAAAGCAGUGGUGAUGGUAUUGCCGAUUUUACCAACUUGGUGGAGACAACAUCUCCGGCACCCUGGACCUUGGCUGAUGCUGAAGGGUUCCAAGGAAAGCUUUUGUAUAUCUAUACGUCAGGAACUACUGGAUUGCCUAAAGCUGCUGUUAUUUCUAAUGCUAGGUUUGUGUUCAUGGCAACUGGUCUUCAUUAUAUGGGUUUGGAAGGGAACGAUGUGUUCUACUGCCCUCUCCCUCUCUAUCACACAGCGGGAGGAGUGAUCAGUGUCGGCCAAGCCGUUAUAUUUGGCUGUACAGUCGCCCUCAAAACAAAAUUCUCUGCCUCACAAUACUUCCCUGACUGUGUCAAGUAUAAGGCUACGGCUGCCCACUACAUAGGCGAGAUGUGUCGCUACGUGUUGGCCACGCCCCCUUCACCAGCGGACACGCAACACAGCGUUCGUGUGAUCUAUGGCAACGGACUUAGACCUCAAAUCUGGAAAGACUUCGUAAAAAGAUUCAACAUCCAGUCAGUGACCGAGUUCUACGGAGCGACUGAAGGAAACGCCAACAUAGCUAACGUGGACGGUACACCAGGCGCCAUUGGAUUUGUAUCCAGAAUAUUCCCGAAAGUAUACCCGAUCGCCAUCAUUAAAGUGAAUCAAGAGACCGGAGAGCCUAUCCGAAACUCUAAAGGACUUUGUCAGUUAGCGGAACCCAACGAGCCAGGAGUGUUUAUCGGUAAGAUCCAAGCCAGCAACCCAGCGCGUCAGUACCUCGGCUACGUGGAUAAGGCAGCUUCAGACAAGAAAGUCGUUAAGAACGUCUUCCAUUUCGGAGAUUCUGCUUUUAUAUCAGGUGACAUCUUAGUAGCAGAUGAGUUCGGUUACUUGUUCUUCCGCGACCGUACAGGUGACACGUUCAGAUGGCGCGGAGAAAAUGUCUCCACAACAGAGGUUGAAGCCGCCAUUUCUAGAGUUGCUGACCAUAGAGACGCUGUUGUUUAUGGUGUAUUGGUACCCAACACGGAAGGUAGAGCGGGAAUGUGUGGUAUCGUGGACGUUGAUGGUAGCCUAGACCUGGAUAAACUAUGCAGAGACCUGGCGAGAGACCUGCCCGUAUACGCGAGACCCGUGUUUAUCAGGGUCAUGGACAGCUUAGAUAUGACUGGUACAUUUAAAAUGAAGAAGACUGAUCUACAAAAGGAUGGUUUUGACCCGAAACUAGCUAAGAAAGACAGACUUUAUUAUUUAGAUCUGAAACAGGGUCGGUAUCUACCGCUAGGUGUCGAAGAGUAUGACAAAAUUAUUAGUGGACAAAUUAGGCUGUGAUCUGUUUUAUUAUCUGUUGUCUUCGUGUUGUUAUCUGUAUACAUUUACAACCAUUCUUAAUGAUUUAUCUGUGGAUUUUGGAUCUCUGUUGUUGAAAAUGUACUUAAAAUAAUAAUAUGAUCAGUAAUAAGCUGGACUGCUAGUAGCAUCAUCAUCUUCAGCUUAUAAUUGCACAAGGUAUGAGUAUUAACCACCACGCUUGCUCAAAGCUGAUUGGCGGUUACAAACUUAUAAUUCGAGUUCCAGUCCAGGUUUCCUUACUAUGUUUUCCUUCACCAGUCAGUCACCAUAUGUAUAUCAGUGGUGUCUAAGCAAUCCUAGCAAUUUUUGAAGACAUCUGCUGAGCCGCCACGGUACCAUAUAAAAUAAUUGGGGCUCAUAAUCCAACAGUCCUGUGUCAUGGUUUGUUUAGAUGAUGAUCUAGUUAAUUUGUCCAUCGAUUAAUCAUUUAGAAUGGCUGUUAGUAAAUCUAGACUUGCUAUGUCUAUCUAGCUAAGAAAAUGAAAAAUAAAAACGGUAUUGAAUUACAAUAAUAACGUCAUUCACCGUAAAAUAAGUAGUUUUUAUUGUGCGUUUUCUAUCUAUUGUUGUUUUUCAAAAGCAAAGCUGUCCACGUUGAUACUCGAUUUUGAACAUUACAUUCGUUGUUAUACAGUAGAUUAUCAAUAAAAGCGACGAGAACAAAAUUUUCUUAGUUAAAUUAAUUCGGUUAUAUUACGUACACUUUACAUCGGUUGAAUCGUAGAGGUAGCUAGGUGUAAAUAAAUAUACAUAUUUAAAUAACUGCUGUACUCAGAAUUUUAAUGAUUUCUUUAACUCAUUCGGAGUAAUUAUUUUGGGUCGAAAACAAUUGCUUAAAACUUUCUUAAGUGACCGUUAAAUGACUCUGAGUACGACGGUUAAAUGUAUUUCAAUAGCGAUGUUGUUAAAUAAAACUAAGCCGUUGAUGUUACAGCUUCCAAAAUAGAAGACUUAGCAUAGAAUGUGCAUUUUCCUUAUAUUCUGCAUUUACAGUGUAUUCAAAAUGAAUAUGUAUUAAUAGAGGAAUCUUUAGUACUUAUUGUAUGUCUUCAAAUUCACUCAACAUUAUUUUAUAAAUAAUUUUUCUGUUUGGCCCAUUAUCGACAGUGGCGCCACAUAUGUUAUGAGAACUCAUUCCGAUCACUCUUUCAUCAUGGAUUUGAAAGUACACCUGUGCUGAUCUUUUGCAUUAAGGAUCACUGGAGUAUGAAAAAUCGCCAACUACUUAAUAGAAUUGCCCUAAAGGUAAUUACGUAGUUGUAUCAUGAGAUAUAUUGAGUGGAAUACCGUCGAUUGUCAUGAGUGUUCGUGUCAACGACAAUUGGGAAUGAGUCCUUUUUUACGCCGACCUAUUUUUCUGUUUUGUCUGUUUUAAAUGUGGCUACAAAAUAUCUUAUAAAAACUGUUAUUUUUUACAAGAUGGGCAAUUUUAAUUCCUGUGCUUCUUUCUGUCGCCAUGAAACAUCACAUGUGUCUAUUUUUGCUAAACAUAUAUCUCUAACUUUUAGACACCUUACAUUCCUAGGCAGUUUUCAAAAGCCAUACGGAAAGUCGUUUUUAAAAUAUAUUUCACAUUUUAAACACUAUAGCUGUUUAAAUAUGUGUUGUGAUCUUAAGGAGUUGGGAAUCUAUGAAUUUAUUAAAUUAAAUUAGCACCUCUGAUGGACUGAUCUGUUUAAGCUGUGGUAGAAAAAUAUGGCAUGCGGUAGUUAUUCAAAGAAGUCUGUUCUGAUAUAAUUUUUAAGCGACGUACUUACACAUUUGUAAAAGGAAGUCAAACAGAAAUAAAAACCGUAUACUAGUGUUUGUCUUUUAGUAAAAUGGAUAAUUGUUGGUAUAUUUGAUUAUGUUACUUGUUUAUGUAUAUUUUGCUUGUAUAAAAGUUAGAUAGCAUAAAAUGUAGUGUAAAGUAAUUUCUUACUUGACAUAAAAAAGGGUAAUUUAACAUGAAUUUAUGUGUCUAUAUAGGUGGUUAACUAGAGGUAAACAAACUUGGUACGUGUAUCUUUUUACAUAAAAGAGGUCGUAUAAACUCGAAAGAUUUUAAAUUUUAGUUUGUUAUCUAUCAUCAAAUUUGGUAAAACCUUUUUACAUACGACUUUAGACAUUUUUUUCAUUAAAAAUAAAAUACCAAGAUUGUUAACAUUUAAUUAAUUACUAAAACAGAUAGACCAUAAAUGUUAACUAGAUAGGUUUGUUACAGAGUUAUAGAAAUUUGGGUCUUCUAAUCAACUGUUAUUCUUCAAGUGUUAAAAAGGUAGUUAAUAGUUACGACGCUCAAAUCAAAGCUUCUACUUGUGUGUUGUACUUAAAAAACAGCGUAAUUUUGGUGUGGUAUUCUCUGUAAUCAAUUCGCUUAUCCGUUAAUAUUAUUAACUUAAUUUUAGAGCUGUCGUCACAAUAUUGUUGAUUAUAAAAAUAAAAUAACAAAGGAUUCUCAUUAUUAUAAUGUUUUUAUUGUUCAUUAAUAUAUAAUAACAAAUACUGUGCUUUUUAUUAAAAAUACUUGCCUCAAAUUUUAUUUGUUAUAACAGAUUUUAUGUUUGUCAGAUCGAGAGUCUCUUUAAGAUUGAAAUAGAUCAUACUCGGAUAUUGUGUUUAAUUUUUUUUUUGUUACAUACUUAGGUUUUAAGAAUUAUUUAAUGGUAUGGGAUAUGUUGGAAA